UAUUGCAGUCAGUACCUUUCAGCAGACUGGAGUCCCUUUGUGUCCUGUUUGUGUUGGAGGAACGGUCUUGUUGUGGCACUUUGUUGACGGCUUCAAAAACAUGGGGUGACUGGAGGGUCACCGCGUCUCCAAGUCCACUCGUCUAUCGCUCCGUAGAGACAUGACCCAACCCCCUUAGUGGUUCGACAGUCACAGUGUGGGACACACACGCACAUGUGCACACACACACACUCAUGUACACACACACACAUACUGUUAUCUCUGUCAUCCUAAAAUAUUAUGUUUUGGUAGCCUUGUCCUGGGGGUCAGUUCAAUUAUAGAUGUUUGGAAACAACACAAAUCAGAUGGACAUUAUGACUUGUUAUGCAGCAUAUCACAGUUGGUUGCAGGAUACAGAAAAGGGUUGGAUUUUCUUUCAAGAUCAUAUAAUUUCAUCUUUACCUCAUUUGAAUCAGUUAUCUUUCUCUUUCAUGGCUUAAUUUUGUAUCAUGACUAGUUAGUGUAGAUUAAGCAAGUGUGAAAGUAGAAACAUUCUGGCUUCUGUCUGCAUAAAUCUAUCUGAGUGAUGUGAUGUCAUAUCGUUGGAGGGAGGGAACCAACCUAGCCAAAAUUACAGUGCUGUAGCUGCAGUGCACCAUUGUCUGUCGUGCAGGAAGCCAGGAUCUGUGUUGGCAGGUUAGCGAUGUUCCCCUGCUGUUCCUACAGUUGUACGCAGACAGACAUGUAGCAGUGGCAGAGAAGGACUCACACGGACACAUGCUGACAUAGGGGAGGCUGGGAUCUCUGCUUUGAAGUCUAACCGAUGUUCCAUCAUGCUGCAAGGCUGUUCUGUAGUUAUAGAAUCUGACAGUGGUGGUGGGCUUUUCUCAUAUACUGUAGUAUGUGAUGACAGAGAAAAUGGGGCUUAUGUAAGUGACAUCCCUUAAAGGUCCUUGGAAAGAUCAACCAGACAGCCUCAAAGGUCCUUGGAAGCAAAAGUGCUGAUGAUUGUACUCUACUGCCUCUACUGUUGAAGAUGACAGGGUAAAGUACAUGGUGAUCACAGCACUGUAUGGCUUAUAUAGAUCUGGUUUGUCUCAAUAUCAGCCCUGGCAUCCCUGGAGGAUACACACUCUGACAUGAUCUAUGCUUAUUUUACAGUGUGUCACUGAAAUGACCGAAGUAUGUGUGUACUUAUAUGCAAAUUCAUCGGGGUUUGUGUGUGUGCGUGCAAGAGUGUGCGUUUGCUUUUAUGAGUGUGUGCCAAAUAUUGUAACUUCCCUUCUCCUUCUCUCUUGUUUGCCUUCAUGGGACAGCUGUCCUCUACUUUGGUGGUUCCUCCUCUACAGUACCAUUUCCAGUUGGAUUCCAUCCAGACAACCCUCAAUACUCAUAGAAGCAUUAUGAAUGGUGACAUGGCCUAAGAUAUGACAAGUAGCCCAGGCAGAGAGCUAGCAACUCAGAUUGAAAGCUCAGAUUCAAUCUAACCACAAUGGCUUUAGCAGCAUAUUCAUGCAUAACUUCUUUUUUUUACAAUUAGUUUUAUGUCUGUUUGAUGAGUGUUUGAAAGGUCGAGGAAAUAAAAAGUGGAAGACAAAAAUGUACAAGGCAGAUCGGAGGAGUUAUAGUGGAUGUUCAGUAUUGAAAAGCAUGCUGCAUAUAUUUUACUACCAUUCUAUUUAUGAGAAGAAUUUGUUCUGUGCUCUGCAUUUGAAUUACUCAUUGUAGAGUUACAUUUUAUACAUACCACUACCAGUGCCAUUUAUAGAAUAACAAAUUGUGCCAUAUUCUAAUAUCGUAUUCUCAAUCCUGCCACAGACAACCAUUGGUUCUCUACUGUUGGUUAACCUGAGGCCAGAUAUUUUUAGGGUAAACUGCCUACAUUUGUUUUACCUGUAAGUAUAACAGUGCCAAUUUAGUCCAUUAGAUGGCGCCCAAGUUCUUUUUUCAGUUAUUAAUGUAUAAUUAUUUUAACAUGGGAUUUAUAAUAUUGUUUCCCCUUGAUUUGUUACCCCAUAUCCUUUCCAUGCCCACAUAUUAUUUCCACUGUAUGUCCAAAUGGGUAACCCUUGCAGAACACACACAACCAGACAGUUCCAGUCAUUCAGCUAUAACCAGCCAAACAAUGCGAUCCUGUGUUUUUCCAGGCUUUAAUCAAAUCAAGUCAAAUGUCUAUGGGACAUAGUGUCAGCUGGUGCGGUUGAGGGUGUAAAAUGACUGCUCAUUGGGUAUGAAUUCAGAGGGAAACAAAGUCCCUGGUAAAUGUGGCAUGUAGUUUGUUUUACAUUUGAUUUUAGUUUCAUUCUAAUGAAGGCAGCAGAAAAAUAACUGCCAUAUUCUUUAAGCAAAUGUAGAACACCCACCUACUGUACUUUACCUCUUUCCCCAACAUGUUUCAUCGGUGACUAGGACCGUUCCUCUUCAUCGAUGGCCACACGACUUGUUUGGCCUUGUUUUGUCUAUCUGCUUUGGAACACUAUUAUUUAUGAGAGGUCUUUUUCUUGGCAACAUUGUGGAGAAAACACGACGAUUACACACUGAUACACCACUUCCUGGAUCUCGGAGUGAAAUGACUAGACAAAUUCAAAAGGUAGUUAUUUAGCGAAAAACUAUUUUCAUCUCUUGUAUAUCAUAUCUAUAGUGAGGAUGAAUAUAAUGCCAAAUAUUAUUUAUUUGUAAAGAAAUAUAUAUAAUAAAUAUAUUAAUAUAUGAUAUAUGCCUCACUGAAACCAUUUUUGGGGCUUUUACUUGUGUUUUGUUAUCAAUUUGUUACUUUGUUCGGGUUAUUUUGAUAAACUUAUGAUAGCAUGCAAAAUACUGAUACUGAAUGUAUGAUUUGUUUAUUCAUUGUCUUUUUGUAUUGACACUGUUACAUUGAUAUUUGUAUUUAUUCACCUCUUUAGCAAAGAUGCAUUUAUAUAUGUUUGAUAUGUUGAAAUGCUUACUGAUUUUGUCAUUGUUCUUUUUUUUUAUCUCUGUUAUUUUAAACACAUCACAACUGCAAUUAUUUUUUUUACAAACAUUUGACAAAUUAACACUGAAGAUUUUGCCUCUUAAAAGUAGUUUAAUCAUUGCUGAUAUCAUCAAUUAAUUUUUUGAUGAAAAACAGGGACUGGGUGGUGUUCCAUUAUUUGCUUUUCUUCACUCCAUUUAAACUAGUAAACAGGCUGCGACAGUGUAAUUCAAUAAUUCACUAAUUACUGACCUAUAUGACAACAAUACCUCAAACGUUGUAGAUGAGAUGCCACCACAUGAUUUAGGGAUUAAUAACAUGGUGUUCUCAGGGCCAAUAGAAACACAGUAAUACACUUGCCUGAGUAGUGCUGACCAAUAGGAGAGCAGGGAAACUCAUAGGGUAGGACUUCCUGUUUUCUUGCCAGGGCCAAUAGAAACACAGUCAUAUGCUUGCCUGAGUAGUGUUGACCAAUAGCAGAGCAGGGAAACUCAUAGGGUGGGAUUUUCUGUUUUCUUGCUAGCGACCAAAUUGAUCCCAGUGGCUGCACUACAUGGGGGAUAUGCCAUUGCAGAUUAGGAGACAGCAGCUGGCAAUUAAUUAUUGGGUCAACCUACAGGGACAUGGGGUGUCUCAUCCUGCGAAAGGGAUUUUACAUGCAUGCUGGGAACAUGAGCGAAGACAGAAUACGAGUUUUGGUACAGUAGGUGGCGGUAAUGCAGCAUAACGUUGGAUGACAACUGCCGAUAAACCCCACCGAAGAAGAAGACCAAAUUGAUAACAAACCCGUUGCUGAUCAGAUGGAAUAUCUUUGAUUUCACAGAGUACACACUGAUGUUUGCCAAUAAUGAACAAAUAAGGGUGGUUGAUGACUAACCCAUGAGAUUUUUCAGUGAUCACAGGGUCACUCAACUGUGAGACCUUCAACAGACAAUCCAUCCACUCACACAAACCAACAUGACCUCCGAGCAGGCCAGCACCCUGCCGGCAUUCAAGGGCCCUGGCGACCCCAGUCCGGGCUACUUCUCCUGGGGCCUUCGCUUCCAGGUCAUCGGCCUGGGCUUUGCCUUCUACACCGCUGUGUUCGUCCUCUCCCACCUGGUGUCCAUGGCUCUCUCCCAGACCUACCGCUCUCUGCUGGCUAAGGAGAAGGUGUUCUGGAACCUGGCGGCCACACGGGCCGCGUUCGGCCUCCAGAGCACGGUGGCGGGCCUACGGGCGCUGACCGAGGAGUCGGCCGUGUCCAGGGACAGGGUCAGAGGUCAGGAGGACUGGUCUUGGUUCACUGUGCUCACAGCCACAGGCUUCUUUCUGUUUGAGAAUGUGGCGCUGCAUGCCUCCAGUGUGGUGUUCAGGGCUUUCGACCUUCCCCUGGCCGCCCAUCAUUUCUUUGCCCUGUCAGGGUUUGCUGGGGCGGUGGUCUGGGACUCACUAGGACAUUACCUGCCCAUGGUCACUCUACUACUGGAGAUGAGCACACCCUUCACCUGCAUCUCCUGGAUGUUACUAAAGGCUGGCUGGGCGAGGACGCUCUUCUGGAAGGCCAACCAGUGGGUGAUGAUCCACAUGUUCCACUGCCGCAUGGUGCUCACGUACUACAUGUGGUGGGUUAGCUGGAGUCACUGGGGGGAGAUGAACAUGUACGUGGCUCUGCCCCAGCGCAUCCUCUUCUACACCGGCCUGGCCCUGCUCACAGUGAUCAUCAACCCCAUCUGGACGCACAAGAAGACCAUGCAGCUCCUCAACCCUGUCGACUGGAACUUCAGCAACAAGCCGCCGCCCAAUGGCCCCAGUGGGGAGCAGAAGGAGAAAACUCAUGAGAGAUAAACAAGCCAAGAACUGUGAACCUGGUUGGAGAGUUAUGAGGCUCUUUUACUAUGCUUGUAAAGGAGAGGAAGGGUGACUAAUUUCUCACAAACCCUUUAGCUUUUAGUGCUUGAGAUGUUUUGAAGAUUUCAAGUUGAACUAAACAACUGUUUUUUUUAAAGGUUCUCAGUACAGGUUUUUAGGUCUGCUGUGUCUCUACAAGAUGUGGAUGAAAGGACCUCUUGCUCUUGGACUUUAGAACCUAGUUGGGUUCUGAAAGGAGUUGUCACUGAUGACAAGAAAUCAUCUCACAGUAUUAUUGUCUUUGGUUAUAAUUUGCUGUUUUGGUUACUGUUUUAUUGCGAAGGAGUGCAGAUGAACAGGGUAUAUUAUUGUUCUGUUUGUCUGUUUACUGUCUGUUUACUUUGUUCAGCUUCCAGCAUGAAGGUGUGAAUGUGUUAGUUAACCUCUCUGGAAUGGGGUGUUGGCUAGUUUGAAGUGCCCUGAGGCACCAGUGGUACUUGCACUUAUAGGCACAGUGUGUAGUCACUCAACCACUGUGCUGAGUACAGACAGGUCCAUGAGGCAGCAAAUUUACUGGCUGAGAACAAACAGUGACAGACUGGAGACUGGGUCAUUGGAUCUGGCAGAUCGCACGUCAUUGGAAGGCAAGCAACUUUGUUCUGUAUCGUACAAAACACUUCCUGACUUGCUUGAGAUUAGACUGCAAUGUAUGCCGGUAGUGUUGCAUGCUCAAAUUGAAUCUUUUAUCAAUUCAUCUCAUCAUGUAGAAAUGGUUCCUGUGCUCUGUGGCUGUCAGUGUAGUAUCUUUGAAAGUAGGGUUGACUUGACGCACGUAGACUGAAAUACUAAGGCAGUGGAUGGACGCUAAGGGAGCUACCAGAAGCAUUACUGUUUUCAAAGGAGCAACUGUAGGGAGUAGUCUAAUAACAAGCACCACCGUGCCAAACAGACGGUCAUGUUGCUUCCCUUUGUAACUAGUCUCUACCACUGAUCUGCCUGAAAAUGAAGUUAGGGUUUAGUACUUUAUGGGUAAUCUCUUUAGUCUCCUUAUGUUACCUAUCUCAUUGGACCUUCUGUAUGCCUGCAAAUUAGUCUUUAGUGGACAAUUAAAUCAGGUUCAUUCAAGAGUCAUGUGAGUGUGAGUGAGAUGGAGUGAGUAAGACAGAGUAAGUGUGAGACGUGAGACGGAGUGAGUGAGUUUGAACCCUUAUCCUGGUCAUUUGUGUACAAAUAUGUAUUUCAUGAAUAUUCUCAUGGAAAACUCAGUCUUGCAGUCUAGCAUUGAGUUCUUUGGAGUAAACUCACCCACAUUGAGCUGCUUCCAGACCGCCCUACUUAUCUCACAAAGGCUCUUUUGUGUAAAAGUAUAUCUUGUUUUACAAAUCGGUAUUACGUUAGUCACAGAUCCUAGAACUAAGGCCCCCUAUAGGUUAUAAAUGAUAAGGUAUGACAAGCAAUUGACAUGGGAAAACCUCAACAACAUCCAUGACAUUAUUUGAAGUCUUAAUAGCUGACGUAAGAGACUGAUGGCCAAGACGGUAAAGCCCACACUGAGAAAAAGGGGCCAUAGGUAUUUAUUUUAUAUAUUUUUACAAAAUAUUAUUCAAAUUGAUGCAGGACUGAGUGCCUUUUAUAAACAUAAUUAACCUUAACUUUACUAGUUUGACUAAUAAUUU